UUUCCUAACAGGAAUUGGAUUGGGACGCGUUCUGGAAUACAGUCUGCGAGAUAGGUUACAGUUGUAUCCCAACAAGGUAGUGCUUAUUCGCUACCCUACCUGAAUGUUUUGGAAUACCGCCCUUAGUGUAUUUGUUUUAGUUAAAUAUGUGGUAAUAAAUAACAGGAGAGACUAACGGUAAAUCCAGCGCUUUCCGGCCGCCAUGCUGCCUUGGCCUCUUCUGUCGCUUCCGUUCGUCACCCGGGGUAGGAUGCUUGUUGUUUGCUUGACAAUAUUUGUACUGCGAGUUUUUGAUCCACAAUUGAAAUGGCAGAUGUAUUCACAAAAUCAAAUGCGACAGACCUGCUGAGAGGCAAACAUGUUAUAUUCCUGGGUGAUUCAAAUAUGAGGGCUCUUUACAAAGAUACUGUGUAUCUUCUAAAUCGCAAUGCUUUGAUCGGUGCCAACGAAUUGAAAAGGAAGCUGGAACCAUCGUUCAUGGGGGACAAACUUCUCGCUGGUGACAAACUGACUCGAGGAAGAGAUUACACCGAAGUGAGGCAGUUCAAGACGAUAGAUUUUCAUUUGGACUUCUACUUUAUCACCAAAUGCAUGAACAAAUACGUGGAAGAGAUUGCAACCAAAGUGAAGACGAAAAAGAUGCCAGCGCCUGAUAUAAUAUUCAUGAACUCCUUGCUUUGGGAUGUAACACGGUGGGGUCCGGAUGGAGUCAGCAAGUACAGAGACAACAUGGUGAAGUUGAUGAAGUUGUUGAAGAGCAGCCUGCCUCCGGAGACUCUCUUUGUGUGGACCACAGCCCCACCUGUGUCCCAGCAUUGCUACGGUGGGACGCUCAUCAAACAGAUAGAGUUUCUGAGGCAUACCCUACGCUUCGAGGUGAUGGAGGCCAACAUGUACACGAGGGAUGUAGUGGGGGUCCAUGGUUUCCACGUGCUGGACUUGCACUACUACUUCCGCAUGCAGAUGAUCCUAAGAGCUAAGGAUGGUGUCCACUGGCUAGCCCCAGCUGUGAGAUUCAUGACCAAUCUGCUGCUCACACAUGUCACUCUUUCGCUGGACCAUCCACUGCCCGGGAACUUCGAAGGCUCAUUGCUGGGUGAAAUGAAGGAACUGAUGGAGCUGCACAGUGAAGAGUUCAUGCCGGUUGCUCUGCCGAGACUUCCCCUCUCGCUGGUGCUGAAAGACCCAGAGCUCACAGCCACGUCACCCCAGGUGACUGCCAUCGUCAGGUCCCCGCUGUGCAAGCCCCCCGUUCCCAGGAACCCCAGGCAAAAGUGGAAGAAAAAGACACGGCAGACCAAGAAUAAUGACAAAGAAAACAUGCUUUCGUGUGCUGUGCCAAGGCUGAAAACUCACGAAUACCAGCCACUUUUGUCUCUGAAUUGUGAGGGGUUGCAGUCUGCCAGACCACUUCAGUACACCAACAAAAUGGAUGGUUCUACUAAUUUUGCUUGGUCCAGUUCAUUGGUAGCAAAUGUAAAUAAGUACGGAGCUGGUUCUGCAAAUCAUUCCACUGGAAACUGGACGGCAGCGAGCUGCCAUAAUGCAUCGUUGGUUACACAGCGUUACAGACAGAUGAGUGACAUGCUGGUAGUGGCUAUAGAAGAUGAAAUAGCCGCCCGCGUACAGUCAAGGAACGCAUGUGAGACUGCAGGAGCAUCGCAGGAGCAGUGGUGGUCUGACUCGUAUGCACCGCCGGACAGUUCCUGGAAUCCGCCCAAGUACAGCUCACGGCACCGCAGAAGGCCAAUGCCGUACUGAUGUUUGUGUGGGUCCUUGGUGUUUUGCUGUUUGCACCCAUUAUUUUAUAAAUGUUCUUGGAGGUGCAGAGUGCUGAAAUUCAAAUGUGUUUACUAGCAGCUAGUCAUACUAAUAACUUUUUAACCAAAAGUUAAAUUUGUGUAGAAAUUUAAGGAGACAAUGGUGCCUUGAAUUUAGUGACAAGCACUGCAAUAAUAUAUUUUUUUUUCAUCCAGUAAGUUUUUGAAGUUUUUAUCUAUUGUAUUGAUAAUGUUUUCUAGUUUUUUUACAAGCACUGCAAUUAAUAUUUUUUCAUCCAGAACAUUUUUGAAGUUUUUAUCUAUUGUAUUGAUAAUAUUUUCUAGUAUUUUUACUUUUAAUAUUUUGUGUGUUUUAUGUGUGAAGUGACACCAGCUUAGUGAAGUUAAUCUUUAGUUGUUAUAAUGUACCUGUUAAUGUACCUACCUGCCAUUUGUGUAUAUCAUAUGUUAUGAUUAUAAUUUGAAAUAGGUAAGCACAUUUAGUACCUGGCAUGUAAACUAAGGUUUGUUAUGACUGAGAUAAAUAUGAAAACAAUUUUAAUCUUUCUAAUUAUUCCUCCAUGUUAGAUUAACAACCAUUUCUUUCAUCAACACAUAAUUUUUGCCAUUAGGGUUGUCCUUGUAGCAAUUAAAUACUAUAUUCUAAAUAUCUUAUAAACAAGGCAUUUUUUUUUAUAUUUGUGUGGUUACAUCUUACACCCUUUCAGAUUAUUUCCAUUGCUGAUAUGCACAGGCAGGGGGAUAAAUAUCAGGAUGUUUACAACCACCAUCAGGUAUUAGAGGCAAGAUUAUAUGGUGAAUAGUGAUGAAACUGAAAUAACACAAAAAUUCAACAAAAUUCACCCAAAUUAUUAAAGUCUAUAGGUUAAAAUGUGAAAUUUAAUCUAUAAACUUUAGUUUAUGCUUUUAUUAAAUUAAUAUAAAAAAAUUCACAAUAAUGUACCAUGUACAAAAAUGUAUGUAGUUUUUUUUUAAGUUAACAGAGAAAAUAAAGUAAAAAAAAAUUGGUUAAAAA